AUAAAAUUUUAAUUGAUUUGAAAUUAUUGAUCAAUUGAUCCAUUGAUGGCAAACAAUUGGAAUCGAGUAAUACUUUUUGGCGAUUCUUUAACUCAGAGAGCUUUUGAACCACAGGAGGGCUGUUGGGGUUCACUGAUUGCCGACAGACUGCAGAGAAUCAGUGAUGUCAUAGUUCGCGGAUUCUCCGGUUAUAACAGUCGUUACUUAAGAAUGAUUGGACACAAAGUAUUCCCACCAGUGAUGAACUUUAGCGAUGUUUCGUGUGUUACCAUUCUUUUGGGUGCCAAUGAUGCCAAUGAUAUUGAUUCGCCGUCCGGACAACAUGUGCCCAUCAAUGAGUUUGAAGAUAAUUUGACGGCCAUUGUUAAUCAUUUAGAAACCAUUGGUAUAACAAAAGAUAAAAUAAUUAUGAUAUCACCUCCUAUUUAUUGUCACCAUAAAUGGGUUAUGUUUUGUAAUGAAAAGAAAAAACCCAUAUCGAAGAAGGAUAACCAAACAGUUGGCAAAUAUGCCGAAGCAGUAGUACGAGUGGCACAAACCAAUGACAUCGAGUUCUUAGAUAUUUAUAAGCAUUUCAGUGAACAACCAAAUCAUGAAACCUUGCUUUGCGAUGGACUUCACUUCUCGAGAAAGGGUUCGCAACUCAUGUUUGAGUUGAUUUGGCCACUCAUUGAAACACGAAUUAAACGCUACAACCAGUGCUCACAAUUGGUUAUGAAUUUUCCAAUUUAUUCAGAUAUCGACACCAAAUGCCCAUCAAAUACUUUAUUGCCUUAAUUUUAAGUUAAUAUUUAAAAAUAAACUCCAAUUCAUUUAUGUAUUGAUUUUUUCAAAAAUAAU